AUGAAAACACAAAAUUUGGUAGAUGCUUCGAGCUACAACGAUACCCAUACUCAUUAUCCACAGCUUGAGUUACAAAAGAACUCAGAUACCAACUUUUUGAAAAUACAUUCGCCCUUAAGCCCUUUCAAUCAAUUGGACGAUGAUGAAUCAUUUUUGUUUCAACACUUUUUAACAAAUACCUCGUUUGCGGUGGUAGCUUUUCCAUCUAAACAAAGAAACAUAUAUUUAAACACGAUUGUUCCCAUGUCUAUGAGUCAACCGGCAAUAUGGUAUUCCUUACUAUCUCUUUCAGCUGAGCAUUGUAAAAGCACAAUACCUAAGUUUCAUAACAUCCUGAGACAGUUUCACCAUCAAGCAAUCCGGCACUCAUAUGAGUAUAUGGCCACUAGGCAUAAACAUCCUGAGGUUGUAUUGUCAAUAUGCUUAAUGCUCAUAAACAACGAAAUUGCUUUGAACAAGCUACAAAAGAGAAGCUCCCUUAUGGAUUUAGCUAGCUCAAUCAUAAAGUCUAAUGGAGGCAUUCAAGAUUUUAAAAGAAGAUCAAAGAAUGCAAGGGGUUUGAUAGAGCUCUUUAUUUAUCAUGAUGUCAUGAGCUCACUUACUACAGGUAUACCAGGUUUAUCAGGUCAAGAUGAUAGCAAUCCUUUCCGCGUGCAACGUAAAGUACAUGAUGAGUCCGAAAGUGAACCCGAUUUAUUUUUUGGAUUUGCAAAGGAUUUGUUUAGUCAUAUUAUUAAAUUACCAAGUUUUUCUUGCUAUAACUCCCUGUCAAAAGAUUUUAGUAUAAAUGAUCAAGUUGAAUAUGAAGCAAUUGAAAUGGCGCUCCAGAGCUGGCAAUUACCCAAAGAAAUUAACGAUUUGCUUGAACAAGCUAAAAUAAAAAAUUUGUCUGAAAUCGAAAAUGAUGGAACCGACUUACUCUCUUUAGCAGAAUCCGCGAUAGCUAUACAAUGGGCUGGGAUACUAAUGCACCAUCAGAUGAGAAAUGGAUAUGCGUUGGAUAAUCCCAAAGUCAAAGUCGCAUCUCAAAAUAUUGUCGAGGCUAUCUCCCAUAUUCGCAUGGGAUCUUCAUUAGAAUCAUUAAUAUUAUUUCCCUUAAUCAUGGCUGCUUUAGGAGGAGGUGACAGAAGCUUCAUAUUGGCACGCUUUAGCAGUAUAUCAAGUAACCUUGGAUUUGAUCAUAUUAAUACUGCGGUGAGAUUUGUCAGAGAAGUAUGGCAUAAUUCUGAUAAUGGAUUUUAUUACAAUUCAAACGAUAAAGGAUUCAACUGGCAGCGCCUACUUAAGGAAAAGUAUUGUCAUUUGAGUAUGGUUUGA